UCCAAUCGGAAGCACGCUUAUCGUAUUUGAUUUUUGUUUUUUUUCGGUUCCCUAACAGACCCGCCAAUUUCGGGAAGAAUCGGAGGAAAAUUUGAUGGAAAAUUCCAACAAGGUUGAAGCAGAACGCUUGCUUGGAAUCGCUGAGAAACUCUUGCACAACCGUGAUUUCACAGGCUCCAAAGAUUUCGCCAUCUUAGCUCAAGAAACAGAGCCUCUUUUGGAUGGCUCCGAUCAGAUCUUAGCGGUUGCGGAUGUGUUAUUGGCGUCGGAGAAGCGAAUCAACAACCACAAUGAUUGGUAUUCGAUUCUUCAGGUUCAACGGCAAUCUGAUGAUUCGGAUCUCAUCAAGAGGCAGUAUCGGAGACUCGCGUUACUUCUACAUCCCGACAAGAACAAAUUUCCUUACGCUGAUCAAGCUUUCAAGCUGGUUGCAGAUUCGUGGGCUGUAUUGUCCGACCACUCGAAGAAAUCACUCUAUGAUAAUGAGCUCAGUCUCUCUGCUAAGAUCGAUUUGUCCCAGCAGAACAAAUUUCCGGUGCGCCGAAGCCAACGAUCCAGUUGGAAGAAAGAGCACGAGUUUGAGAGUAACGAUGGCGCCAAGGCCGAUCAAUCUCCAAAUCAGCGGGUGAAAUUAUCGAGUUUCUGGACCGCUUGCCCUUACUGUUACGUGUUAUUGGAGUAUCCUAGGGUUUAUGAGGGUUGCUGUUUGCGGUGUCAGAAUUGCAAGAGGGCAUUUCAGGCGGUGUUGCUUCCGUCUCUUCCGCCGCUCGUUCAGGGCCAGGAAGCCUACUAUUGCUGCUGGGGUUUCUUUCCGAUGGGGUUUGCCGCUCAAAUUCCCGAGAAAGGUGGGAAGGGCGGCGAAACAGCGGCACCGGCGACAGCGUUCCCCAAUUGGAUGCCCCCAAUAUUCUCUAACAAGCUGCAAGAAACUAGUGGGAAUGGAAAAACUGCGGCGGCGGAGGAGACGGUGACAGGUAGUGAAAGAGCGGCGGUGGUUGCUAGGACUCCGAUUGUGAGUGACACUGGCACAGGGAAGAAGAGGGGCAGGGGAAACCGCCGAUUGCAGCCUAAGUUAUUGUAAAUUUUUUCGAGAAUUAUGAUAAUAUUUAUGGAGCCGAUUGGAAAUGCCUGAAUCUCUCGUUGUUGUAGUCUUUAUAUUGAGCGGUUAUAUUCAGACGAGUUAGAACAAAGACGGCGGAAGCUGGGGAAACCUGAGGUAACAUUUGGUGCAAUGUUGAGCUUACUGUUUUCUUUGUUGAUUUUAGGCUUCAGAUGUAGAAACUAGAUGGGUAGUUCCUGAUUUUCCUCUGCAUGUUCAUAUGUAAUGCGUAACUUUAUUCAAAUCACCAAUGAUAAUUUGGAGGUCUUUAUCCAACCCCAUUUGAGGCUGCACUGCCAACCACUUUUUGCAGGUGGCUAUGAACACAUCACAUUUCACGCUUAUCAUCUCAUGAACUAAAUUAUGGAUUCGAAAUGGGAGUUGCCCAUUUCACCGUUAAUAGUUCUGUAAGUGGCUAGGUUCCUUUAAUCCUGGUUUCUUCUUGAACUAAGCACCAACUAUUUAACCAUUUCACAGUUAAUAGUUCGGGGCCCGAGGGGGGUGAAUUGUGAGAUUUCAUGUUGGUUGGGGAGGGGAACAAAGCGUUCUUUAUAAGGGCGUGUAAACCUCUCAUUAACAGAUGCUUUUUAAUAACCUUGAGGGGAAGCCCAGAAGGGAAAAUCCAAAGAGGACAAUAUCUGCUAGCGCUGCUUAAGCGUUGCUCUUCUUCUAUCCGUCGUCAGCAUCGACCUAGUACAAUUGGCUAUGGCGAAGUUCUUCCCUUCAAUCAAUGCUGGAUUUCUGUUCGACUUCAGUUGGUAAGCAGAUCAAAACUACACGUCUUAUGUAAUGUAUCUAUCAGCUUUAUGACUUAUAAAUUAAUGUGUCGAGACUGAAUCUCAACCUGACUUGCUACUGAUGGUUUUCAUAGUUAUUGGACCUAUCUAUGCUUUUUUUU